AUGGAACAGUCAUUGAAGUUGCAUACGUUCGAGAUCCUUACCUUCUACGGCGAUAUGGAUGAACUUCUGGAAUUCAAGGAUCUCUUUUCGACAGCCGCGCAUAGUAACGACAGUGUGCCAGUGUCGUCUAAGUUCACGCACCUCAAGUUAUAUCUCAGAGGUUCAGCCGAGAGCAUUAUUGCCGGAUUUCAAUCGACGGCAGAAAAUUAUGAGGACACAGUACGAACCUUGACGGUUGCGUACGGUAGACUAGAAACUCUUUCGGACAGGCUGUGA